UGAGUCAGUCCGGUGGAUGACAGUCCAAGGAGUCUGAGGCUUUGCUUUCAGGGGGCAGGAGGAGGUGGUGGUGGAAGAAACUUUCUCAACUCCCCCACCCGAGGACUCUCCGCGUAUUUCGCUUCCUGAGCCCCGGAGACUGGAGUUCCUGGUCAAUUCUUCCUGUUCCCCCCUCUGUCACUCAGUCAGUCUUUACUUGUCUUACGAAGAGUGGGGACACAGAGAGAGAGAGAGAUUAAAGAGUGAGACUUGGACGAGCUCAAGAAAGCCAGAUUCCAACAAUCCUCGCACCUCCUCUCAGUGGGGAGGAGGAGGGGGAAUCGACCCAAUUCGCUAACAAAACCGCCCAGCGAACACCUCCGGACCAAUUCACGAGAAUCCGAGGCUACAACAUUUGACAUUUUCCGGCGGCGGCGCUUUGGUGCAGUCUUUCUGAAAAACAAAUGUCCAACCCCAUGAAUUGUGGAGAAUACUUUCCGAUCAUUCUGGCCUUAGCCCUGCUGUCACCGAUGUGCCCCUCGCCUGUCUGGGAUCCUGAACUGGAAAGAGAAGCGUGUCCUGACAAUCAUGUGAUCACCCUGCAGUAUCAGUGCAGGAAGACUACUGGCGAAAUGUCCACGUGCUUACGGAAGAAAUGUUGCAAGGGUUACAGAUUUGUCCUUGGUCGAUGCAUUCCUGAAGAUGCUGAUGUCUGUGCUGGCUCACCUUGUGAACAGCAAUGCACUGAUAAUUUUGGACGAGUUGUGUGUACAUGUUACCCUGGAUAUCGCUUUGACCGAGAGCGACACAGAAAUCAUCAGACACCCUACUGCUUAGACAUAGAUGAAUGUUUAGUCAAUAACGACACACUGUGCGAUCACAAAUGCAUUAACACGCUCGGAAGCUUCAUUUGUGAGUGUCAAGCAGGAUUUUACUUGAGUUCCGAUGGCAAGUCCUGUCUCAGAGCUUUUAAUGACAGCAGUGCGAUUAAAUCCGAUCAUCUGAUGAGUGCUGGCACUUGUUCGGUCACUUGUGAAGAGUUUCUGCAGAUGAAGCAGACUUUGGCACAGUUCAAGCAGAAGCUCCUGUUCACAAAUCUGGAUAACUCCAGUGAAAAGACACAGCUGGGGAGGAAAUGCUCAGAAACAUUGCAAUGCCCUCCACGGCUGCCUGGCCUUCCUGGACCACCUGGUCCACCAGGAAACCCAGGCCCAAAAGGCAGUAUUGGACCGAUGGGAGCUCCAGGACCGUCUGGCGCACGUGGACCCAGAGGUGACAUGGGCCCAAUGGGUCCCAUCCCUGAUCUAUCCCACUUCAAGAGGGGAAGGCGAGGUCCAGUGGGCGCACCUGGAACACCAGGAAAGAAUGGAUUGAAGGGUGAAAGAGGUCAUCCAGGACCACGCGGACUACCAGGCCCUCCUGGAUCAUUUGACUUCCUCUUACUGAUGAUGGCUGAUAUCAGACAUGACAUAAUCGAACUGCAGGAGCGGGUGUUUGGUGAACGACGAGGCAUUACCCUUGACACACUGCCCCUGGAUGCACAAGAGACAGGUUCUGGGCAAGAGAAGGUGGUCCCUACACAACCUGGCAGUCACAGCAGGUGACCAGACUACCCCAGAAUGUUAAAUAACACUUCAUCUGCUGGAUCUCCGUCUCUAUCUCAUUGUACUAGUAUGUGAAUUA